AUGAAAGGAAUAAUGGAUCUAUUCUGCUCUUCCAUUGCUUCCACCGCCGUAACCUCUGGUAUGAAUAAUCAUUCUAUGGUACGUAGAAGCACCAAAAGACACCCCAGUGUUCGAAGGAAAAGCCAACUUCGCGUCCCUUAUACUUGUUCAUCCAAAUUGCCCAUCAAUCCUAAGCCUUAUUAUAGCGAGAAGCACAGAAAAAGCUCAGCAGAAAAACAAAACUAUAACGUACGUAGAAAAAGCUCGGUUCAAGUUAACAAUAACCUUUAUGAUUCCACUGCUUCAUCAGCCUCUACACAUCUCCUCAGUGACGCGCCCUUCAUUGAUUGGGUAUCUGAGUCUGAUAAAAUCCCAGCAAUGGCUACGACACACAAGCCUAUACCAAACCAGGUUGUGGUUUUGAGGGUGUCAUUGCACUGCAAAGCCUGUGAAGGAAAGGUUCGAAAACACAUUUCAAAAAUGGAAGGAGUAACAUCAUUCAGUAUAGAUAUGGAGGCAAAGAAAGUAACAAUAAUCGGACACGUGACGCCUUUAGGGGUUCUGGCAAGUGUCUCCAAGGUGAAGAAUGCACAGCUAUGGCCAUAA